GGCAACCCACUGAAGUUCACAGUUGUUUUUACUGGCUCUAUAUUUACAUUUUAUCUAUUUCAUAAUUUCCUCACGAUCGUUUAUGAAGGCCAUAAGAUAAGCAAGAUACUCAAAUGACUUCACAGAUUUACAAUCAAAAGAAGUUCAUACCCACAGCGCCAGAAAAGGGCAGCUUUCCGUUAGAUCACGAGAGCUUGUGUAAGAAGCACUUCUUGAUUUACGCCAGUUGCUUGCGCCGCAACGACAACGACAACUCCAAGUGCCGGGCUGAAGCAAAAGAGUAUUUGGGCUGUCGCAUGGAAAACAAUCUUAUGGAAAAAACAGAAUGGGCGAAACUGGGCUUUCCGGAAAAGGAACAACCGACAGUGAAAGAACAGCAACAAUAGCAAUGAAGCC